UGAGCCACCGGGCCUGGCUACAUUUAAGUCUUUAAUUUGCUUUUGAGUUGAUUUUUGUGUAUGGUGUAAGAUAAAAUUCUAAUUUGAUUCUUCCACAUGUGGAUAUCCAGUUUCCCCAACACCAUUUUGUUGUAGAGAAUAGUCUUUUCCCCAUAUAUAUUCUUGGUACCAUUGCUGAAAAUCACUUGACUGUUUAUGCAUGGGUUUAUUUCUGGGCUUUCUAUUCUUUUGCAUUGCUCUAUAUGUCUGUCUUUAUGACAGUGCCAACUGUUUUAAUUACUGUAGAUCUCUAAUAUAUUUUAAAACAAGGAUGUGUGAUGUCCCAACUUUUGUCCUUUUGUCUGAAGAAUGUAUUGGCUAUUCAGGUUCUUUUGUGGUUUCAUAUGAAUGUUAGGAUUUUUUUUUUCCAUUACUGUAAAAACUGGCAUAGGGAUUUUGAUAGUGAUUGCAUUGAAUCUGCAAUUAUUUUGUGUAGUUGGGCACAUUUGAACAAUAUUAAGUUUUCUAAUCCAUGAACAUCAGAUGCCUUUACAUUUAUUUGUGUUGUCUUUAAAUUCUUUCAUCUAUGUGUUGUACUUUGUAGUGUUCAAAUGUUUCACCUUACUUAAGUUUAUUCCCAAGUACUUAAUUCUCAGCCAAACUAUUGUAAAUGGACUAUUUUACUGAUUGUUUUUUAUUAGUGUAUAGAAAAACAGCUGAUUUUCAUAUAUGGUGAUUUUCUUUCCUGUAACAUUAUUGAAUUCAUUAGUUCUAACAGAUUUUAUUAUGGAGUUUUAGGGUGUUCUGUGUGUGUGUGUGUGUGUGUGUGUGUGUGUGUGUGUGUGUGAUCAUGUCAUUUGAAAAACAGAGAUGUUUUACUUUUUCUUUUCCAAUUUGGAUGUCUUUUCUCUCUUUUUCUUGCCUAAUUGACGAAAGUGAAAAUAUACUCAGAAGUGAGAUUCAAACCUAUGACUCCUAAGGCAUCUGGAGAGAAUAUCAAGGGUGUGUGUGGAAGGCUACUUGAUGACAGAUGGCACAAACAACCCUCUCAGCUGUUAUUCAGUUAUUUGAGUUCCUUAUGUGCUUUGGAUAUUAAUCAUUUGCUGGGAAAACUGUAUAUUCACAUGCAAAAAAGUGAAAAUAGAACUUUCUCUCUCACAAUAUACAACAGUCAACUUGAAAUGUAUUAAAUACUUAAGUGUAAGACCUAGAACUAUGAAACUACUAGAAGAAAAGAUAGGGAGAAUGCUUUCGGACAUUGGGAUGGGCAAGGAUGUUUUCGAUAAAAUCUCAGAAGUACAGGCAACAAACGCAUAAGUGUAAAAGUGAGAUUACAUUAAUCUAAAAAGCUGCUGCAUAGUAAAGGAACCAAUCAACAGAGUGAAGAGACAACUUACAAAAUAGGAGAAAAUAUUUGUAAACUAUACAUCUGACAAGGUGUUACUACAUUUCAAACGAGGGAAAGUAGUUGACCCUCUGUCAGGUAUAUUACGGAGGUAUCUUUCCUCAAGGAAGCAGUUAAACUUACCUUCCAAAGUGAGGGGAAAAUGCAAGUUUCCCACCACACAGAACACUGUGCUGUGCUAGCUUGGAGUGCGCAAACAAAAUUCUUACAAAAUAGAUUGAGCAAAUGCCUAAAGAUAGUUACUGGGCACAAGAGAAGUGCCUCAGCACUUUCUUGAGGUAGAGGAAACUGGUGGAAACAAGCCCUGACUGCCUUAGAACUGCUUUAGCUGACCUAUAAUACCCUGUAGCUACUUGUAAUACUAAAAUCCCCACCUAGUGGAGAAUUGUAAUAUCAUUAGCAUAACAUAGGUUAUAUAAAGGCACAUGAUGAUUGUACUGUGCAUGCUUGAUUUUUUUUUCAAUGGAAACAUGGAACGAUAUAAUGGAAGAGCUCUGCUUUACUCACUGGGACAGGAUUUAAAGCAACAUCAUUGGCGGGCAGACACAGACUCUUGUAGCAAGAAAGCUGCUGUGGAAAAGUUCCUGUGCUGCCCAGGAGCAGAACUCCCGAGUGAGGACCCAGCAGGAGUACAGCUAUCUGCAAGCCUAGAAGAGAGCCCACACCAGAAACCAAACUGGCCACCACCUUGACCUAGGAAGUCCCAGUAUCCAGAACUGAGAGAAACGUCUGUCAUUUAAGAGAUUUACAGGAAGGAAGCUGUUAAUUUUCUCUAAGAGAAUGGAAAACCAAGAACACUGAUAGGUGAAGUGUCAACAUUGUUUCACAACUCCUUUCUCCCUGGAGCCAUUGCUCGACAUGAGUCAAGUUAUCAAGUUACUCUAAUCAGGGCUUUUUGCCUGUUGUCUUUUGAAAUAUUUCAUUUGCAUAGCAUUUCAUGAAAGUAUAAAAUCCUGCAAGUGUUACUGCUUUCUCUCUCUUCUCAAAGCAACACUGAUUCCUGCAUUUCUGAAGAUCUCAAAAUCUAGACUACUUUUGAAGAAAUUUCCAGUGAGGCUCGCCUAUGUCUUUGAACAUGGAGGAUGAUAAACGCUGGAAAACUGUCCUACUUAAAGUAUUACAGGACAACAUUGAUGAUCCAUUUACAAUGAUGACGUUCUUACUGGCCACUACGUUAAACCUGAGUGAGGAAACGCAAGAAAAAUAUGACAAAAUUAAGAUUGCUAAGUUGAUGUCCGACACAUUCCCACGUGACGGCAGCGUGGACAAACUUAUACAAGUCUGUGAAAAUAUACCAGAACUUCAACCCAUCGCAGAAACUCUUAGAAGGGAAAAGUCAAAAGUUAUGAAUAAAAUCGAAUCCACACCAGAAAAGGAAGCAACCCCUUCAGAGACGAGCAAGCAGAAAGAAGAGGGUCCUGCUACACCUGCCCCCUCCACAAGCACAUUUCUCACAUCUGAAGGAGCAGAGGUGACUCCUGGACCUCAGAAAAUAGAAAGCACAGCCAAAGGAACGGAUGGGAACGAAAGCGAUGUUUUGGAGGAAGAGACUCAAUCUCCGUGGCCUGCAGGAGCCAGCCCGGCCAUAGCCAUGGGCCAUCCCCCACCUCCCCCGACCUCCCCAGCUCCAUCCGACACUUCCUUAACUGAGAACCCAAACCCAGAGGGCAACUCUUGGGUAACCGGCAGAGGAAAGAAACUCCGAGAAGACCCGAUAGUAGUGAUGGUGCUGCAGGCAGGAAAGCCAUUUGAUUAUGAGUCCUCAGAAGGGAAGAAAAAAACAAUGUUUCAUGCUACAGUGGCUACUGAGAAAGCGUUCUUCCGUGUGAAGGUUUUAAAGAACAACUUGAAGAGCAUAUUCAUCAGUGAAAGAAUCAUUACUAUAUCAAAUUAUUUAGAAUAUAAAUAUUUCCUAGAAGUAAAUGAAGCCUCCGUGGUAACCGAAGCUGGUAGUGAUGUAAAGAUUGAGGUUCCAGACAACAUCAAAAGAAGUGCAAAGGAAACCAUGAAGAUCGAUACUAUUAAAAAUCAAGCUUCUGGUACUAUUAUAUAUGGGUCAUUUACGCUACUUAAGAAAACAUUAAAGAAAAGCUACACAAUCUAUGAAAUUAAGGACAACACAGGAACCAUGGAAGUAAAGGGGAUAAAACACUGUCAUGAUAUUCCCUGUAAAAACGGAGAUACACUUCAGCUCUUCUGCUUUAAACUGAGGAGAGAGAGGGAGACACCAUAUCUGCUUCAUGAAAUGCAUAGUUUCAUUGAGGUCCAGGAGAACCAGGAUGUAAAUAAUCCUGAUUCAGAUAUGGAAAGCUCAGAAGAGACCUCCUAAAAACCUGAAUGUUUAUGGAGAGAAGAUCCAAGGGCAAAAAAAAUAUGUUUGUGUAUCUAUAUGAAUACAUAUCUAUAUGAUUGAAUUAUGAAAGUAUAUAUACCAGCUAUUAAUUCUAGGGAAUAGGGUGUUAAGGGUGUUUUCAGUUUUUACCUUUUUAUAUUUUCUUAAUGUCAAUUUUUACAUUUACAACUUUCAUAAUUUGAAAAAAAAAGUAAACAUUAUUGUUAGGGCCUAGGGACUAUAGGCAGCCAAUAACCAGCCAUUAGCUUUCUUUUUUUUUCUUUCCUUCAGAUUUAUUUUAUUUGUGCUCCAAAUUAGGACAUAAACAGAGUGUUACAGCAGCUAAACCUUUAUUCUUAAGAUUUAUUCAUCCUUUUUUUUUGUGGAGCCAGAGUCUCACUCUGUUGCCUGGCUAGAGUGCCAUGGUGUCAGUC